CCCGUCCCCUCAGUGGCCUGCUCUGCGCCUGCUGUGACUUCUCUCGAGAUGCCUGAGCCCAUGAAGAAGCCAGUCUCUGCCUUCAGCAAGAAGCCGCGGUCCGCGGAGGUGGCCCAGGGCAGCCCCGCCGUGUUCGAGGCCGAGACGGAGCGCGCAGGGGUGAAAGUGCGCUGGCAGCGGGACGGCAGGGACAUCAGCGCCAGCGACAAGCAUGGCCUGGCCGCCGAGGGCCGACGGCACACGCUGACGGUGCGGGACGCGGGCCCUACCGACCAGGGCUCCUACGCGGUCAUCGCGGGCUCCUCCAAGGUCAAAUUUGACCUCAAGGUCGUAGAGGCAGUGAAGGCGGAGGAGACCCCUGCACCUGGCCCGGCAGAGGCCCCCCGAGCCUCGGCCACACCCGCCGAGCCGGAAGGCGGCGCCCCAGGCCCGGAAGGCGAGCAGGCUGGGCAGGCGCAGACGCAGGCGCCCCCAGGCCCGGGCUCGGCCGCCCCCGACGACCCUAUCGGGCUCUUCGUGACGCGGCCGCAGGAUGGCGAGGUGACGGUGGGUGGCAGCGUCACCUUCUCAGCCCGCGUGGCUGGCGACAGCCUCCUGAAGCCGCCCACCGUCAAGUGGUUCAAGGGCAAGUGGGUGGACCUGGGGAGCAAGGUGGGCCAGCACCUGCAGCUCCGAGACAGCUACGACCGCGCCAGCAAGGUCUACCUGUUUGAGCUGCUCAUCACCGACGCCCAGGUGUCCUCGGCGGGCGGCUACCGCUGCGAGGUGUCCACCAAGGACAAAUUCGACAGCUGCAACUUCAGCCUCACCGUCCACGAGGCCAUCGGGCCUGGGGACGUGGACCUGCGAUCCGCCUUCCGCCGCACGAGCGUGGCCGGGGGACCGCGGCGAACCAGCGACAGCCACGAGGACGCGGGGACCCUGGACUUCAGCUCGCUGCUGAAGAAGAGAGACAGCUUCCGGACCCCGCGGGACUCGAAGCUGGAGGCGCCGGCCGAGGAGGACGUGUGGGAGAUGCUGCGCCAGGCGCCGCAGUCCGAGUACGAGCGCAUCGCCUUCCAGCACGGCGUCACGGACCUGCGCGGCAUGCUCAAGCGGCUGCGGGGCCUGAAGCGCGACGACAGGAAGAGCACAGCCUUUCAGAGGCGGCUGGAGCCGGCCUACCAGGUGAGCAAGGGCCACAAGAUCCGGCUGAGCGUGGAGCUGGCGGACCCGGACGCCGAGGUCAAGUGGCUCAAGAACGGCCAGGAGAUCCAGAUGAGUGGCAGCAAGUAUAUCUUUGAGUCAGUCGGCACCAAGCGCACCCUGACCAUCACCCAGUGCUCGCUGGCAGACGACGCGGCCUACCAGUGCGUGGUGGGCGGCGAGAAGUGCAGCACGGAGCUCUUCGUCAAAGAGCCCCCCGUGCUGGUCACGCGUGCCCUGGAGGACCAGCUGGUGACGGUGGGCCAGCGCGUGGAGUUCGAGUGUGAGGUGUCGGAAGAGGGCGCCCAGGUGAAAUGGCUGAAGGACGGCGUGGAGCUGACCCGGGAAGAGACCUUCAAAUACCGGUUCAAGAAGGACGGGCGGAGGCACCACCUGAUCAUCAACGAAGCCACGCUGGCCGACGCGGGCUACUACGCGCUGCGCACUAGCGGGGGCCACUCACUGGCCGAGCUCGCCGUGCAGGAGAGGAAGCUGGAAGUUUACCAGGCAAUCGCCGACCUGGCCGUGGGGGCCCGUGACCAGGCCGUGUUCAAGUGCGAGGUCUCGGACGAGAACGUGCGCGGCGUGUGGCUGAAGAACGGCAAGGCGCUGGUGCCCGACAGCCGCAUUAAAGUGUCCCACAUUGGACGGGUCCACAAGCUAAUCAUCGAUGACGUCACGCCUGCCGACGAGGCCGACUACAGCUUCGUCCCCGAGGGCUUCGCCUGCAACCUGUCGGCCAAACUGCACUUCAUGGAGGUCAAGAUCGACUUCGUGCCCAGACAGGAACCUCCCAAGAUCCACCUAGACUGCCCGGGCCACACACCGGACACCAUCGUGGUGGUGGCCGGGAACAAGCUGCGGCUGGACGUCCCCAUCUCGGGGGACCCAGCUCCCACUGUGAUCUGGCAGAAGACCCUGUCGCAGGGGAAGAAGGCCCCAGCCGCACCAGCUCCCGAGGCCCCCGAGGUCCCAGGUGCCAGUGACAGCGACGAGUGGGUGUUUGACAAGAAGCUGCUGUGUGAGACCGAGGGCCGGGUCCGGGUGGAGACCACCAAAGACCGCAGCGUCUUCACCGUGGAGGGGGCAGAGAGGGAAGACGAGGGCGUCUACACUGUCACUGUGAAGAACCCUGUGGGCGAGGAUCAGGUCAACCUCACAGUGAAGGUCAUCGACGUGCCCGAUGCCCCCGCGGCCCCCGAGAUCAGCAACGUGGGCGAGGACUCCUGCACCGUGCAGUGGGCGCCACCGGCCUUCGACGGCGGGCAGCCGGUGCUGGGUUACAUCGUGGAGCGCAAGAAAAAGCAGAGCUACCGCUGGAUGCGGCUCAACUUCGACCUGCUGCCCGAGCCGCGGCUCGAGGCGCGGCGCAUGAUCGAGGGCGUGGCCUACGAGAUGCGCGUCUACGCCGUCAACGCGGUGGGCGUGUCCCGGCCCAGUGCCGCCUCGCGGCCCUUCAUGCCCAUAGGGCCCCCUGGCGAGCCAUCCCACCUGGUCGUGGACGACGUCUCGGACACGACCGUCUCGCUCAAGUGGCGCCCCCCGGAGCGCGUGGGCGCGGGCGGCCUGGAUGGCUACAGCGUGGAGUACUGCCGGGAGGGCUGCUCCGAGUGGGUGGCCACCCUGCAGGGGCUGACGGAGCGCACGGCGCUGCUGGUGAAGGACCUGCCCACGGGCGCCAGGCUGAGGUUCCGCGUGCGUGCGCACAAUGUGGCCGGGCCCGGGGCCCCCGUGGCCACCCAGGAGCCGGUGACGGUGCAGGAGAUUCUGCAGCGGCCGAGACUCCAGCUGCCCCGGCAUCUGCGCCAGGCCAUCCAGAGGCAGGUCGGGGAGCCCGUGAACCUCCUCAUCCCUUUCCAGGGGAAGCCCCGGCCUCAGGUGACCUGGAUCAAAGAGGGGCAGCUGCUGGGCGACGGGGACGUGAGCAUCCGCAACAGCCCCUCCGACACCAUCCUGUUCAUCCGCGCCGCCCGCCGCGCGCACUCGGGCAGCUACCAGGUGACCGUGCGCAUUGAGAACAUGGAGGACUCAGCCACACUGCUGCUGCAGGUCGUGGACAAGCCGAGUCCUCCCCAGCACCUCCGGGUCACCGAAACUUGGGGCUUCAAUGUGGCCCUGGAGUGGAAGCCACCUGAGGACGACGGCAACACCGAGCUCUGGGGGUACUCAGUGCAGAAGGCCGACAAGAAGACCAUGGAGUGGUUCACCGUCCUAGAGCACUACCACCGCACCCACUGCGUGGUGUCCGAGCUCAUCGUGGGCAACGGCUACUACUUCCGGGUCUUCAGCCAUAACAUGGUGGGGCCCAGCGUCCAGGCCGCCGCCACCAAGGAGCCUGUCUUUAUCCCCAGACCAGGCAUCACCUAUGAGCCACCCACGUACAAGGCCCUGGACUUCUCCGAGCCCCCAAGCUUCACCCAGCCCCUGGCGAACCGCUCAGUCAUCGCUGGCUACACCACUGUCCUCUGCUGCGCUGUCCGGGGCAGCCCCAAGCCCAAGAUUUCCUGGUUCAAGAAUGGCCUGGACCUGGGGGAAGAUGCCCGCUUCCGCAUGUUCAGCAAGCAGGGCGUGCUGACCCUGGAGAUUAGAAAGCCCUGCCCCUUCGACGGGGGCAUCUACGUCUGCAGGGCCACCAACCUGCAGGGCGAGGCGCAGUGUGAGUGCCGCCUGGAGGUGCGAGUGCCUCAGUGACCAGGCUGGCAUCCCAGCUGGCCCAGUACGUAUUCCAGCACCCGCUGCCCCUGGGCUGCUGCAGAUGGGGUUCCAGGAGACCCCAGUUCACUCACAAGGACGCCUGUGUCCCAGGUACCAGCAGAUGCUGGCCCGAGUUCCAGGAGCCUGAGGGGCCGCCUUCUUGCCACCCUGGUGUUCUGGGGACAGACUGCGCAUGGCAUGUGGCACGUCACCAUGCAGUCUGGGCCCUGCAGAUGGGACCUUCACAGCGGCCUCAGUGGGCCUGGGAAUGGCUGGUUGGGGACAGGCUGCCCGGCCACACAUCUGUGCCUCAUGGCAAUAAAGGGUCUCUGCAGAGGA